AUGGAUUUAGGAAAAGAAAAGAAAAGAAGUAGCAAUUCAUUUAAGCUAGACACAUCCACAUCCAAAAGAGACAAACUUUAUCAAAGUCUUGAAGCCGAUCGGGUUAGUCAUUUUAAAAGUGCUUUAUUUGAUGUAUUUAUUACUCUUGAGGGCUGCGAUAGCAAAAAUAAAAUAAGCAAGCAAAGACUUGCAAUAAACUAUACUGCGCUAUUUAUAAGAAAACUGCAACUUCUAUCACUGAUUUUAAUAAAUUUUGAGGCUACUUCAAAUAUCAGUUUAGAAUCUGCUCUAAGCUCCUUGUUAAAGGUUUUAAGAUUUGACGCUAUCUGCGCAGAGCUUAAUCUUGGCCUUGGCUUUUUAGUAUUAUUAGUUAUAUCUAUAUGAUGUCUUGGAUUAAAUUUUUUUAUUAUCUAUGUGCAGGCUUAUCGUAAAAAGAACCACGCUAUAAAAUCAAUUGUCUGUAUUAUAACUGUACUAGGAUGAUUUUAUGAGUAUUUAUUGUGAAUUCCUUAUUUAUAUAGCGUUGGAAUAUAUUCAAAAUAUACUUUUUUUGUCAAUAACUCAAGAGUUUCUGAGUAUAGCAAUAUAGAUUCCAACGGUUUCAACUCACUUUGAUCAAUUCCACUGAUUUUUGGGUUACCAAUUUUAGUUUCAAAUAUUUUUUUCAGGACAAUUUACUAUUGUAAUCCAUGCUAUACAUCAAAGCUCAAAAGAAAUAGGCUGCAUUCGCUUGUAAGUAUGAAAGAUCUUUUAUGCCAACUUCUUAUGAUUUUUUCUUCGUUUUACAAUUCAACGUUUCAUUUUAAUAUGAUUAGUGGAUUUAUAUCUAUUUACAUGAUUUUUCAAUAUACUAUAUAUUUGCCAUUUGUAUCCAUAUUUGAUAAUACAUUUGAAGCUGGAACUUGAAUACUAGUUUUACUUGGAAUAAUCUCGUAUCAAAUUUCAAGAGAAAUUAAUACUGCAUCUAUUCAUGGACUCAUCAUAGUAUUUCUAUUCCCAUGUAUAAUAAUGCUUUUGUAUUAUUUAAUGCACUGAUAUUUCAACAGAACUUUAAAUUCAAAAAAACAAAAUCCAUACUCAGUUGAGCUGAAAAUUAGAAAACUAAUUUUAGGAAUAAAGCCAAAAGAUUUCACAAGCAGCCUCAAUAUAGAAAUAAAAAAGAUUUUUAAAGACUCAACCAAAAUAUAUUUAUCUUUUAAGAUGCUAUUUGUAUGAGAAUGCUUAUUUUAUUUGCAUUAUGAGCGUAAUAAGCAUCUUGCACUUAUGAAAAUAUCCAAAAUUAAUUUUUCUUGCCAAAAACAUCUAAACAUAUGGUAUCAGUCGAACAAAAAUAAACUAAUUCACUACAGCUAUCCCAACAUAGAGCCUCAGUAUUUAUUUUAUUCCUAUUAUAAAAAACUUGUAAAUGAAGAGCAUUCUGAAGAUUUGGUCUUAUUACGAUACAUCCGAGACAUAAAUUCAUUCCGAAAAUCUGACUUAGAAGUAUCAUGUGAGCUCUGGGAUGUUUAUCGUAAACUCGCAGAUAUAUCUGCCCAUUCCGUAAAAUCCAUACAAAAUACUUGUCUAAAACUCGGAAAGGCAAAAAAAAGGUUCGAAGAAAAAGCUGAGAAAAUGUAUAGAAGGUAUCACUCAGAUCCUGAAGUACUUUCUAUAUAUGGAUCCUAUAUAGCAGACUUUUUAGGGGAAGAAGAAGGAAAAUUGCUACUGCAUAAAAGUAGAAGUCUAAAAGACUCAAAAGACCUGGGUGUUGAAAAAUUCACAGGGUUUCAGUAUCACCAUUUAGGAGCAUCCAUAAUGAUAGUUAGCGGAAUGUUUGGAUCAAUUGGAGAUAUUCUUUACUUACUCCCCCCCCCCCUCCGUGAGCGACAAAAAAAAAAUUUUGUUCGCUCACGGAGGGGGGUUAAUUUUUUUUUUUAAAAAAAAAUUUAUAUAUAAAUUUUAUAAAAAAUAUUUUUUUCGAAAUUUAAAAAAAUCCUAAUUUGCAAAAAUUGGGAAGCAAAUAUUAAUUUAAUUUUUGCAAAAUUUAUGUUUUAAAACGCAAUUUGUUUUUAAAAUUAAACAGAAUUAGCUCUAGAUUUCAUUAUACUAAUUAUCACUUAUAUAUCAAAAUUUUUUUCCAUUAAAAUUUUUUUUCUAUUAAAAAAAUUUUUUUGUUCACUCACGGAGGGUGGGUUUUUGGUCAAAAAAUGGCGAUUUUUCUAAUGGUUUUGUUCGCUCACGGAGGGGGGGGGGGGGGGAGUUAAACAAAGAAAUUUGUGAGCUGCUGCAAAUAGAACUUGUCGAUGAUUAUAUUGGAACAAGUUUCUGCCAAUUUAUUCCAGCUCCUUUUGAUGUGAUGCAUAACGAUAUUUUAAGAAGAAAUCUUAUCUCUGGUGACAGAAUUGAAUUAUACAGGCCAAGUCUUUUUUUAAUCACCACGUCAGGUAACUGUGUAGAAGUUACAAUGCAUUUUCGACUUGUGUUUUUCAAGCAGAUCCCAUAUUUCGUUGCAGAUUUCAAUGAAAAAGGUCACAAUACUAAUUUAAUCCUCCAUUCCCCAGAUGGUUAUAUAUAUGCUGCAUCUAAAAAUAUUAAUGAUUUAAUUGGAGAAAGGAAAGGGACGGUUUUUGAAGUUAUUCACAAUCUUGCUGAUUAUUAUAAGAAUAAUAGCUUGUUCAAGCCAUUUGAAUAUCAUGAAGAUUUUAAUUGUGUCAUGAUGAGAGUCAAGCUUGUUAUUGAUGGUUCACCAUUAGAAGCUCUAUAUAUUGCUCAGAAUUAUGAAUAUUUUAAAGAAGGAGGUGGCUCAGUAAACCAUUAUGAAGAAAGCCAAAAAAGUGGAUCGGUCCAGGAAUUUGGAUUUAAGACUGAUGUUUCUAUGGUUGCAAGUAAGUCUCUGAUGAAAAGUAAUAUCACAAACUAUUACAUGCAUCAAUCAACUUUACUAUCUAGAAUAGAAAAAAAGAAAAAAUCUGAAAAAAGCAAUUUGGAAAGUAGUCAAAUUACUAAGCUUUGCAGCCUCCUAAAUUUUAAUAUCAGGUUUUCAUUACUUGUUUUAUUUUCUAUAACCAUUGCUACUUUAGCUACAGAAAAAAUUAUCACAAAUGAACUGAAAAUGUCAAGUUUUUUAAACUCCUUUGAUAUAAUGAGAUUUUAUGGUAUUUCUAUUAUUCAAGACUCCAGAUCUCUUAAUCUAUUAGAAAAAGGAUAUUUAUUAACUUACCCCGAGGAAUUUUAUCGGUCUUCCCUUCAAUCAAAUCUUGAGAAUUUUGAAAAAAAUUUAAUGUCUGCAGGUGAUGACAUAUAUAAAAGAAGCUAUAUGCAUAACGUCUUCUCUAUAGCAAAAGUGUCAUCCACUGAAAAAUAUGGCAAUAAUACUUUUCGGACUAUAAAAAUCAACCUAUUUCAAAACUUGCAAAAAAUAAUUAAAGAAGGCUCAAUAAUUUUAAACACAGAGCUUGCAGAUUUUCCUAAAAUUGACUCAAGCUUUGCGUAUCUAUACAUGAAUUAUCCUUGAGAAACCUUCAAUCAUUUAAAUGACAGCGUUUAUAUAUCGUUAGAAGACAUUGAAAGCCAUACAGAAUGAGCAUUUGAGUUUUUAAAAAGUUUGAAACUGACUUUUUUCAUCCCUUCCUUAUUAAUCAUAAUGCUAUCAAUCCCAAGUAUUAUCAAGCUUGAAAAAAUAAAUAAAAAAAACUGAAAGUGCUUAUGCAAUCUUGAUAUAGAGAGACAGAUAGAGAUAAGAGAUAAACUUAUUGAUAGGCUCUAUGUCUUUCAUGGUGUUCAAGUCGAUGAAGUUGAGCAUAAGUAUUCGAGAAAUGCAAUUUUUUAUUCACAUUGAAAAUCAUUUAUGCUGAAAAUUUUGAUCCUUGAAAUAUUAAGUUUGGGCUAUUAUUUUGCUGCUGUAUAUGGAUUUCAUGGGACAUUAAAAGAAAUUUUAAUCUCUCAGUCAGAGUUCAUUUUUUAUUCUGGAACUAGAGGAAUGCUAUCUUCAAGUGCAUUUUUUUGAGCAAGAGAAACGUUUUUAGAUACUAAAAAUGACUCUCUUUCUGUUUUUAUUGGGGAUUUUUACCCAUUUCCAUCACCGAAAAAGCAGCUUCAGUCGAUGAUUGAUGACUGCCUCUAUGCUCAAAAUUAUAUUGACUAUAGAAAACCUCAUAAAUAUUAUGAUGACAACAUGAUUAAUUUAUUAAUAGGGAAUCCAUGUGAAUCAAAUGAUAAAUUUGUGCAAGAUUGCACCAAAAGCUAUAUCAGCAUGGGGAUUAAGCCAGCUAUCAAAAUCUAUUUAAACGAGUUAAAAAGAGUACCAAGCUAUAAUAAAGCAGAUUGGCAAGAUAUAAAUGAUUUAGAAAAAUAUUCAAAAAUCAUUGAUAACUCCACAAUUUAUAUGCAGAAGAGCUAUAUCAAUUCAACUGACUCAAAAAUCGAUUCUGAAAUGGAUGAUCUAAUCAUUUCAACACUUUUAUACUUCUUUUUCCUUUUAAUUAUCUCUUUUUUACUUAUUCUAUCAGCAGUAAGUAAAAUAAAAAGAGAUUUGCUGGGCAAAAUUGAUAUCUUAAAAUAUUUUUAA